AUGUCCUCGAAACUUAAGAUCUUAUUUACUGGUGCUACUGGUUACAUUGGCGGUUCUGUCCUAUCGCGUUUCCUCAGGCAUCCUGACUUUGGAUCAUUCACAAUUACAACGCUUGUACGAUCCCCAGAGAAGGCAGAAAAGCUCAAGGCACUUGGAUUUAAUGCUGUUACGGGCUCACACGACGAUGUCGAGUUGAUGGAAUCACUUGCGGCAGAUCAUGAUUUUGUUAUUGCAACGGCAGAUGCAGACAAUUACGAAGCUGCUAUAGCGACUUUGAAUGGGUUGAAAAGGCGACACGAGAAAACCGGUACCACCCCUAUCUUGAUACACACGUCUGGUACUGGUGUCCUUACCGAUAGUGCUGGUGGGAAUUUCGCCGGUGAAACCGUAUAUGACGAUGCCAAUCCCGACCAAAUCGAAACACUUCCCGACACACAGUUACACAGAAAUGUAGAUCUUGAAAUUCUUCGUGCCGAUAAAGAAGGUUACCUCAAAAGUUAUAUCAUUCUCCCAUCAACUAUUUGGGGCAUUGCUACAGGCAUCCUUGUAGAGAAGGGGAUCCAAAACCCUCAUUCGAUUCAAGUUCCUGCUCUCAUUCGCGCAUCGCUAGACCGCGGCAGGGCAGGGAUGGUAGGAGCAGGCAAGAAUUUGUGGCCCGACGUCAAUAUCGAAGAAGUGGCAGACCUAUAUAUUGUGUUGUUCAAUGCUAUUCGCUCAAAUCCAUCGACGACCGGUCAUGGGCGUGAAGGGAUAUAUUUCGGAGAGAGUGGGGAGCAUAGCUUGUAUGAAGUUUGUAAGGCAAUUGGCCAGGCAAUGGUGGCACUAGGAAAAUCAGACAAUCCCGAACCCACCACAUUUACAAAAGAGGAGCUGGACAAGUACUUUCAGGGAUCUGACUACCUAGGGACGAACUCUCGUUGCCGAGCAAAUAGGUCAAGGUCCAUUGGAUGGAAUCCUGUGAAAACGAAGGAGGAUUUCAUUGCGAGUAUUAGGGCGGAGGUGGAAGCCCUGCUUUAA